ACCUCUGACUCCUCUUUCUUGACUUUUACCAACAUUGCAAUUACUUAUCAAAAUUUGCUCACACAUAUUGGUUCUCUUCAAGACACUGUAGCUGUGAUUACAAGUUCGUUAAAUCGUUUAGAGAAGAAAAUUAAGGAAUAUUCUAGUGGUUCAAGUUGUAAAGAGUGUGUACUUCUCUGUACCAAGUUAAAUGAUACAUAUACAGAACUCAAGAAAAGAAAGUCACGAAAAGAGAUGCUGCAAAAAAUUAAAGACCUUGAAAA